GUCAUUAUUGUGCGCCAGUGCUAAACAUGGCGAGCGGUAAAAAGAACGUUCUCUUUUCAUUAGCUGCUUAUGGAGACGGUUCAGAGCCGGAUUCAGAUCCAGACACGGAUGAUCAAGAAUCUCAUGGUGGGUUGGUGUCAUCUGGUUACGGAGAGGAUGAUGUGAGUCGUGUGGAGGAAGCAGAGGAAAAGCCCUCGGAGAAUGAGGACAGUGAUGAUGACAGCACUAGAAAUUCGGAAGAGGAGGAGUCAGACUCGGGGCGGACCCAAGAUGAUGUGAAGGACGUCACAGAAGUCGAGGUUAAGGACCCCAAUGAGCUCGUUGCGCAGUUUUCAGAGAAGGUUCGGAAUAUGUCUCCAGAUGAGAUCAGAAUUCCUCCUGAACCUCCCGGGCGUUGUUCCAGUCAUCUGCAGGAAAAGAUCUUUAAGCUUUACGAGCGGAAGCUUCACGGAGACUUUGAUACAAACAGCCAUAUACAAAAGAAGAAAGAGUUUCGCAAUCCAAGUAUUUAUGAGAAGCUUAUCCAGUUCUGUGGUAUUGACGAACUUGGAACCAAUUAUCCAAAAGACAUGUUUGAUCCCCAUGGUUGGUCAGAGGAUUCUUAUUAUGAGGCGCUAGCCAAAGCUCAGAAGGUGGAAAUGGACAAACUGGAAAAAGCUAAAAAGGAAAAGACCAAGAUCGAGUUUGUGACGGGCACCAAAAAAGGUACUACCACUAAUGCGGCAGCUUUGGCCACGAACACAACAACUGCUUCUUCCACAGAUGCUCAGAAGAGGAAGAGCAAGUGGGACUCAGCAGUACCAGUGACCCUGGCUCAACCCACCCUCCUCACCACCACUGCCACCCUCCCUGGAGUCGUCUCUGUGACCACAACAGCCAGCGGCACCAAGACCACAGUCAUCUCUGCAGUGGGAACCAUUCUCAAAAAAGCUAAGCAAUGACACAGAAAAGGCAGGGGGGUUUCGCUUCAGGCUGCCAGAUCGAUUAGUUAACGGCCGUUGCACAUGUAAACGUAACAAGUCCUGCUGUUUCUGCUUGAGCAACAAUUGUUUUUUUAACGGUCAGGCAACUGGAAUAGAUGGUGUUUCCUCAUUUUCAGAAAGUGGAAAUCUCUGGAUAUAAUAUAUCGUAUCAGACAUCCGUGUUCCGAUUCAAAAUGCAUUCAUCUGAUGGCUGCUUCUGUUUUUUUUUUAAUUGAUUUAAAUGUCUUGGUUGUCUUUGCUCAAAUGGUUUCAUGUUUUGCAUAGGUCAUGUCCCACAGAACACCAAUUAAACAUCACCAGAGGAUUAAUUUAUCUUAUUAUAACAGUGACUAAUCAGGGCUAUCUUAUCACAUUUAUUAUAAGACAAAGGGUCUUAUAUUUUGGUGCAAGUUCAUUUUUACCUUUUUCUGUCAUUUAUGUCUUUUUAUUUCAUUUUAGCACUGUAAGUUUUUUUUUUUUUUUUUUUAAGUGUAUAUAUUAAAGUGACUCUGGCUUCUCUAUAGCUCAGAAGUGUAAAAAUAAAUGUUUUUUUUGUAUAAUUGCAAAUCUG